AUGGCCUCAGCAAUGUCCUUGGCAAAGAUGUGGGAGGAGGUGACGUGCCCUGUCUGCCUGGAUCCCAUAGUGGAGCCUGUGAGCAUUGAAUGUGGCCACAGCUUCUGCAAAGAAUGCAUCUCUGAGGUUGGGAAGGAUGGGGAUACCAUCUGUCCUCUGUGUCAGCACAACUUCAUGCUCAGCAACCUCCGGCCCAAUCAGCAGCUAGCCAACAUGGUGGACCACCUUAGACAAAUCAGCCAGUGUGCCAAGAAGGGCAAACAGGAGGAGCGGUGUGGGGUACAUGGAAAGAAACUUCAUCUGUACUGUGAGGAGGAUCAGAAGGCCCUUUGCUUGGUGUGUUCCCAGUCCCGGAAACACCGUGACCACCCCAUGGUCCCUAUUGAGGAGGCUGCUCAGGGGUACCAGGAGAAGCUCCAGCUGGCAUUAGGGAAAUUGAGAAAAGAUCAGGAGGUGGCUGAGAAGUUGGAAGUGGAUGUUACAAUGAAGAGAGAAGACUGGAAGAGGAAGGUUGAGACACACAAAUUGCGGAUUCGAGCGGAGUUUAUGCAGCAGAAAAUCUUCCUGGUUGAAGAGGAACACAGGCAACUGCAGGAGCUGGAGAAUGAAGAGGGGAAACAGCUGAAAAUCCUGGAGGAGACGGAGGCCGAGCUGACCCAGCAGAGCCAGGCCCUGCAGGAGCUGAUCUCAGAGCUGGAGAGGACGACUCAGGGCUCAGCGCUGGAGCUGCUACAGGAGGUGGACAGUGUCCUGGAAAGGAGUGAGUCCUGGAACCUGAAAACCCUGAACAUUGUCUCCCCACACCUGCGGAGUGUAUGCCGUGUGCCAGGGCUGAAGAGGAUGCUGAGGAUGUAUGGAGUUCACAUCACUCUGGAUCCACAGACAGCCAAUCCAUGGCUCAUCCUUUCAGAAGACAGGAGACAAGUGAGGCUUGGAACCACCCGACAGAAAGUGCCUGAAAAUGAGGAGAGAUUUGAUGUUUAUCCCAUGGUCCUGGGUGCCCAGCACUUCAACUCUGGAAAACAUUACUGGGAGGUAGAUGUGACGGGAAAGGAGGCCUGGUACCUGGGGGUUUGUAGAGACUCGGUGAAGAGGAAGGGGUGUUUUAGUAUCCGCCCCAAGAAUGGCUUCUGGAUAAUUUGGCAGUUUAACAAACAAAAAUAUAUGGCUGGCACCUGCCCUGAGACUCCCCUCCACCUUGAGGUGCCUCCAUGCCAAGUUGGGAUCUUCCUGGACUGUGAGGCCAGCACUGUCUCCUUCUAUAACAUCACUGACCAUGGCUCCCUCAUCUACACCUUCUCUGAAUGUGCCUUCGCUGGACCUCUGCGGCCCUCCUUCCAUCCUGGUUUCAAAGACAGUGAAAAGAACAUGGCCCCUCUGACCCUCUGUCCACUAAGGAUAGGAUGGUAGGGAUCCACUGACUUUUGAUGGCUCUCUCUGGAUACCGACACCCUCUCUGCUGGUACAGCUUGUCAGCCACUGACACUGCCUCAUUUUCCCAUGUGUUCUGAACCAUCUUUGUCUCUC